AUGAUUGUGCUUUCAGGAAACACCAGUCAACUAUAUCAGAAUAUUUUUUUCCCUACAUGGACCUAUCAAACGAACCCAGCUGUAAAUUCAGGAUCGACGGCGAUUAAUACAUCACCGCCUUGCCCGUCAACAGUUGCAGACUUAAAUUUUGCUCAACCAGUAAUAACGGACCCGACUUCUAUGAUAGUCGCACCAAGUCAACCAAACACACAGAACUUUUUUCCUCAAGCUGCAUAUCCACCUUAUGCACCAAGUGAAUAUUAUAACCCUAUACAUACUGCUAAUUUUUUAGCAACCCAAAAUCGCCUUGCAGGUCCAGCAUCGGCUUGUUCGCCAUCAUGUUCUGCUGCAUCAUCAAGAUCAUCUAAUGGAGUUAUGAUAGCUCGUGCUAAACCAAGAAAUACUACUUCAGAAGGACGUGAAUGCGCCAAUUGUGGUGCAGUGCAAACGCCUUUAUGGCGAAGAGAUGGUACUGGUCAUUAUUUAUGCAAUGCUUGCGGGCUUUAUCAUAAAAUGAAUGGUCAUAAUCGUCCUCUCGUUAAACCUAAAAAACGACAAAGUGCACAAAAACGAACGGGUAUUGAAUGUGUGAAUUGUAAAACGAGUAAUACAACGUUAUGGAGGCGAAACUCACAAGGCCAACCAGUUUGUAAUGCUUGUGGAUUAUACCAUAAACUUCAUAAUAUUGCUCGCCCAAUAACUAUGAAAAAAGAAGGAAUUCAAACAAGGAAUCGAAAGAUAAGUUCAAAAAGCAAAAAUAAGAAACGCAGUCCAGCCGAGACUAAUUUCUAUGAUGUAUUGAAGAACCCAAAUCCGUAUGGAGAUGCAAUGAAAUUUCAUAUUCCUACGCAUCCUGCCUAUAUUCCUUCAGCUGUUCAACCGCCAUAUCAAAGUCCAUUCAUGUUUUCUGCACCAUGA